UUUCCAUUGAUUAAAUUUGAAGAAUGGUAACAGGUAAGUUGUAUUUCGUGUUCCAUAAUAUACUUUUCGUUAGACAGAAUGCGUUCCUAAAUAUCUAACUUUAAAAAGCAACAAAGUCUAAUCACUUUUAGUGUAAUAUACUCUCGUAUUCAUCUACAUCUUUCGCGGGGCUAUAAUAUUUGUGGUAGCACACACCUGUCAGCUACCAUCGGGACUGUGCGAGUGAUGCUGGAGUGGAGUGUGGCGACUGGUGGAGUGGUGACGUGGACGCCGGAUCAGGGAAACAGGUUACAGACAUGAGAAUUACACAGCCUUCUGGUCGCAUAUCAAUACCAAGCUAUGAUGCUGUGCGACACGGGGCAGAAAUUGGCUAUGCCAAUGGUGAACAAAACACGUCUAACCAGGAUGAUGAUAAGCCAAUGACUGCUGAAGAACGCUCAUAUCUUCAGAAACUAUUGCGAUCUAAGCUGGUUCAGACAAAAAACGACAUCGAGAUUCAACGAAAAGAUCCAAACUCGCCUCUCUACUCUAUCAAGUCAUUUGAGGAACUCAACUUACGCCCAGAGCUUCUAAAGGGAAUCUAUGCCAUGGGAUUCAAUACACCUUCUAAGAUUCAAGAAACUGCACUACCUACAUUAUUAGCGGAUCCACCUCAGAACAUGAUUGCUCAGUCUCAAAGUGGAACAGGAAAGACGGCAGCAUUUGUACUGGCUUUGCUUAGUAGAGUUGACUUCAAAAGCGCUUACCCACAGGCUCUGUGUCUCAGCCCAACCUAUGAGCUGGCAUUGCAGACAGGCAAAGUGGUGGAACAGAUGGGCAAGUUUAUCGAAAACAUGAGCAUAGCUUAUGCUGUGAGGGGAGAAAGAGUCAGUCGAGGGCAGAAGAUUUCCAGCCAGAUCGUAAUUGGAACUCCCGGUACUGUGCUCGACUGGACGAUGAAGUUUCAUGUUGUGGAUCUCAAGCGGGUGCGGGUAUUUGUGCUGGAUGAAGCUGACGUGAUGAUAGCCACACAAGGCCACCAGGACCAGUCCACCCGAAUCCACAGGGGUCUCAACACUGCCUCCUGCCAGAUGAUGCUCUUCUCGGCGACGUACGACCAGCAGGUGAUGAACUUCGCCGAGGCGAUCAUCUCAUCGCCGAUGACGAUACGGCUGCGGCGCGAAGAGGAGAGCCUCGACAACAUCAAGCAGUACUAUGUCGUCUGUGGCGGCAAGGAGGACAAGUUCCAGGCCCUCGCCAACAUCUACGGCGUGAUCACCGUCGGCCAGGCAAUGAUCUUCUGCCACACACGAAACACGACAAAUUGGCUUGCUGAGCGGAUGAUCAAGGAAGGCCAUGCUGUGGCUCUGCUCAACGGAGACAUGCAGGUUGAUCAGCGAGUCGCAGUUCUCGAUAGGUUCCGAGAUGGCAAGGAGAAAGUUCUCAUCACGACAAAUGUCUGCGCGAGAGGCAUAGACGUGGAGCAGGUGAACGUCGUCGUGAACUACGACCUUCCGAUGGAGAGGAACUCGAUCGACUGCGAGACGUACUUGCACCGCAUCGGCCGGACGGGCCGCUUCGGCAAGACGGGCCUCGCGAUCAACCUCAUCCAAUCACGGCAGAUGCCGAUGCUGCACCGCAUACAGGAGCACUUCGGCCGAAAGAUAGAAAAGUUGGAUACAGAUGACGCGGAUGAAUUAGAAAAUCUAGCAUAACCGUGGCAUUGAUAUAACUGCUUCUGACUGUACAAAAAGGUGUAUUUUGAUGUUGGUUGAGAAAUUUUCUAUCUAUGCAGUUCUGAUCAGAAGGGCAGAUUAGAAGGCUAGAUAGGCAUGUAUUUUGUUAACGAGAAACCGGGUGAAGAAGCUAUGGUGAUGAUAAAGUUUAUCAUGAGGUACAUGAUAACUUUCUUUUCAACAUCACAAGUGCCAUGUCUGUAAAAAGUCGAGAACCGUUCAGUAUAGGUACGGCAUAUAGUUAAUUGUAACAUUACAGCUGCGUAUUAUAAUGAGAGAUGUGUGUAAAAAACUGUACUCUGGCAAGAAAUAAUUACUCUUAUAGCUUAAUGAUGUCUAAAGCACAAUUAGCAUAAUUGCUGUAUUGAAAUUGUGAAAUCCGGGUUGUCUCAAGUAAAGCAAAAAUUUUACAAAGUAAAAAA